AUGACUUUAUUGGAAUAUAAUCAACUGAAACGGCAAGUAAUUUACAAUUUUGGAUUAAAUGACAAUAACAAUAAUCUUCUUGGACAACUAAAGGAGUUCUAUCGUACUGAAAUUGACUCAAAUAGGCGUUUCGAUGAAAUAAACACCAUUGGCCAACUGAUAAACAUACUGGAACUAAGGAAUACUCUCUCUGAAGAUAAUAUAUCCCCUCUUAAGGAAAUAGCUCAAAGAUUAAACAAUAAUGAAAUAAUAAGACUCAUCUGUGAUUAUGAAAAGUCUCAUUUACCUAAAGGAAGUUUUAAUUACUAUGCAACAGAACAAAAUAUUGCAACUUCAAAAGAAUUUAUAGACCCAUUACCCACUGGUCACCCAUAUGGAAAUAUCACCCAUAGAAAGAAAGCAAGAAUAAUUGAAAAAAUUGUUGAAGAGAUCGGCACUAACUGGAGAGACCUUGCCAGAAAUUUAAGAAUCCAGGAAGGUCAAAUUGAUGAGAUUGAUAAAACUAAGGAAACAUUAGCAGAAAAAGCUACAGAGUUACUUAAGUUGUAUGAAAGGAAAGCCGAUCCUCAAAGAGGAUUCUAUUAUUUGUGUAAUGCCUUAGAAAAUGCCAGACGUAGAGAUUUGAGUAGAAGUUUACAAAAAAUUAUAGUAAUGAAUAUUUAA